UAUGAUAUUUCGUGUUUCAUCACACGUGUUGUUAUUAUUGCGUAAAGUACAAAAAGAGCAGUACAAAAAAAAUAUAUAUAUUUCAAAAUUUUUAUCAAAAUUGAAUCAUAGAAGGUCGUCACAACCGAUGCUGGAGCUGCUGCUGCUGCUUUCGUACACCCGGCACAUUAGACACUCUGAGCAUAAGCUGUCGCUUGUCGAACUGUGAAACUCGGCGAUAUGGCAUCGGACAACGAAUCCGACGCCGAACUCGAUGAGAACUAUUACACAUUUCUCAACUUGCCGCGAGAUGCAACCGGCGAACAGAUUAACACCGCCUACCGAAAUCAGAGCCGCAUUUAUCAUCCGGACAAACACUUGGAACCGGAUAGCAAGAAGCGGGCCGAGAUGAUGUUCAAUCGAACGAAACGGGCCUACGAAGUACUCUCUGAUCCGCACCAGCGUGCUAUCUACGAUUCGAUUGGCGAGAAGGGUCUAAAAACCGAGGGCUGGGAAAUAGUGCAUCGAACGAAAACGCCGGCAGAGAUCCGGGAUGAGUACGAUCGAUUGGCACAGGCGGCUGCCGAGCGACGCUUGCAGCAGCGCACUAAUCCUCGUGGCAAUAUCACCAUCAAUGUAAAUGCAACAGAAAUAUUUACUCCGUACGACGAUUCGGAGAUGCCGCGCGUGGAGAUCGGUUCGAUGAGCAUUGCCCAGUCGAUUGAGGCACCCAUAACGCGCAAGGACAUGAUCAUCAUGAGCGGCAAUCUCUACUCGUCCAAUGGCACAGGCAAUGGUGGAUUUAUGAUUGCGGGUCGUCGCCUGCUUAACAAGGGCUGGAUGGAGGUGUGCCUCGGCGCCGGCAAUGGUUUCCUCUUGGGUCUCAAGGGUGGACGGACGCUGACUUCGAAGCUGACACUCAACGGCGGCACAAACAUGAAUUUCCGGGAGAACGGUGUAAUACCCGCGGUCUUCUCCUCGCUAGCCGUGCAGCUGGACAAGCACACCGUUGGCAGCUUAACACUGAACGCCGGUCCUCAGUCAUCCAUGUCUACGCAAAUCGAUCACUCCAACGAUCUGCAUGCAAUCAGCACAAGCUUUGUGAUCGGAACACCUCACAUUUACUUUGGCAUCUCCUACACGCGAAAGAUGAUGGAGAACGAACUGAAGUUGAAGUUGGCGACGAAAGUGGGCACAUUUGGCUUUUUGGGCGAAUAUGGAGUGGAGAAGAAGGUUUCUAAAUACAGUUCGGUAAUCGCAAGCGUAUCCAUUGGCGUGCCUUCUGGAGUCAUACUCAAAUUAAAAAUAAUCCGUUCAAAUCAGUCGUAUGUGUUUCCCAUACAUCUGAGCGAUGAAAUUGUGCCUGCAGCUGUUUUUUACGCCUCAGUGACCCCGAUAAUUGCGUGGUAUAUUGUGAAAAAGACAAUCAUGGAUCCCAUGGAAGCGGAUCGCAAGAGCAUCGAAGUUGAGCGGACAAAGCGUCAGAAUGAGCAGCGCUUAACGGCAAAGAAAUUUGAGGCAAUGGCAGCCAUACACCUGAUGCAGAACACCUACAACCGCAUCCUGAACGAGGAGCAGGAUCGACGGGGUCUAGUUGUAAAGAGAGCAAUCUAUGGUUGCCUAAAUGAGGGCAGCACGCAAUUUAAGCCAGAAGCAUCGCACGAUGUCACAAUACCCAUUCAAUGUCUAGUCAGGGACAGUACGUUGCAGCUGUACGAGUCAUCAAAGAGCGAUUUACCUGGUUUCUAUGAUCCGAGUCUGGGUGACGACAAGAUUUUACGCAUAGAAUAUACACACAAUGAUGUAUUAAAAACUGUCAAUAUAAAGGAUAAAGAGCCAUUGCGACUGCCAGCAUAGAACGAACGCAAAAUGCAUCUUGUAUAAAUCUUCAGUUGUGUGUUUGAGAAUUGUUUUUAUAAUUCCUCGUAGCCGUACAAAAACAUAAAUACAAAAAAUGCCUAAAAUAGUCAAAUUCCGCAGUGCUUCUAUUUCAUAUUAUUCAUAUUAAUGAAUGAACAAACAAGUACAAUAUUUAUUCAUAAUCAUAAUCAUAAUAAUGUAAAUUUAGUCAAUAAAGCAAAAGACGAAAC